AUGUCGGCUGCUCGAGACGUCUCGCGCGAGGCAUUCGCAGCGUUGCCAGUGUUUGAGCAGGAUUUUGAAAAUGCGGUAGAGAUGCUCACGACUCAGGACCAGAAGGUGGCGCAAUUUUCGCUUGAAAAUGCGCAGCAGACGAUGAGCCAGCGAGCGAAACGCGUCACGUACGAACAGCUUGAUGCCGCAUCGUUUUGCAGCGAUAGAAGGAAGCGGCGACGCGUAGAAGCAAUGGGUACAAAUCGUAACAAGUCUGAAGGUGGUUUUGAGGUGGCAGAUACUCAAUUGAAUGCUCUAUGUGGAGAUGCUGCACAUCAAGUGGGUACAAAUGACAGACAAGAGACACGAGACGACAGUUGUGGCUGUGAAGUACCGUCGGUGUCGGGUGAAGUAGUGCCUAAAUCUCACACGAUGUCGAGAGAUGGAUGUAUAGAGCUGAUUAGGGGGCGAGUCGGCCGAUCCGAAUUACGGAUGGAAGGCGAUGAUAAGUAUGAGCAGUUGUAUCGUGCGGCGAAGUCAAUGUGCAGUAAAAUGACUGCUGCUGAUACAGCGAAGACAUUGAACGAUUUGGAUGCCGUGCCGAGUUUGUUCAGCACUGGGUCGGGAAAGACGGUGCUGGUGUCAAAGUCACGGCUGCGCGCAUGUGAAGAGAAGCUGAACAGUGACGAGAAGUCGGCUUGCAAUGACAAGACUGCUGUUGCUGCUACCACAACAGUGGACGUAUCUGAUGCCGUGCCGAGUUUGUUCAGCACUGGGUCGGGAAAGACGGUGCUGGUGUCAAAGUCACGGCUGCGCGCAUGUGAAGAGAAGCUGAACAGUGACGAGAAGUCGGCUUGUAAUGACAAGACUGCUGUUGCUGCUACCACAACAGUGGACGUAUCUGAUGCCGUGCCGAGUUUGUUCAGUACUGGGUCGGGAAAGACGGUGUUGGUGUCAAAGUCACGGCUGCGUGCAUGUGAAGAGAAGCUGAAUAGUGACGAGAAGUCAGCUUGCAUUGACAAGGCUGCUGUUGCUGCUACCACCACAAUGGACGAGUUGGAUACCGUGCCGAGUUUGUUCAGCACUGGGUUGGGAAAGACGGUGCUGGUGUCGGAGUCGCAGCUGCGUGCGUGUGAAGGAAAGCUGUAUGAUCGGAACAUUUGUAUAGACUCGAGCUGUAACGCAAGCCGUGAAAGUGGCAUCGGCUUAUUUACCAAGGGUAGUAGAUCGGGAUGGAAAGAAAUUGCAAAUGGUGGGGAUCAAGCUAGUGAUCUGGAUUUGCCAUCAAAUAACCAGCCGAGUAUGCAGUGUGGAAGCUUGUCUGUCGGUGUCACAUUGUCUGGAGCCGGACGCAAUCGAGAUGCAUCUGCUGCAUUAUGUCGGUCACGUAAAACAUUGCACGGUCGUGCUAUACCGCACAGCCCCCGAAGUCAAGGACUUAACUACGGCGACAAAGAAAACAUUCAUCCCAAAGACGUGCCGGUUUCAAAGGCUGCUGCAUCCAAACCUUGCAAGGGAUGGCGGCCGACAUUGAACAAGAACCAAGUGAGUGUAAGACCUGCCGCGAAGUAUCGCCAAUGCCUGAGGCAGCAGAAGAUGGCCAAAAGACUUUUAAUGCCUUUUGUUGAACUUCGGUCAGAAGCAGUUAGCAAAAACCGAUUUCACCCUCCAGUUCCCAGCAAGAGGUCGAGCACUUGCAACGCAGAGAGCAGUGGUCGCCUUGCAGUUCCAAGGAGUGUAAAAGCGAAAAGGAUCGCACUUGAUGUGCAACCUUUCGUUUAUCUGGAAGUUAUGAAGAUCUCACUCAGCUCAUUGAUGGCGUUGUACAAAGACUGUGUCCUUGCUGAAGCAGAUUCGGAUCGUUGUCGACGUCAGAUACUAGACAUCAUCACGGCAGAAAAUGCUGUCGAUGUUCACUUUACAGGCAACAAUGGCUUAGUCUGUUUCUCCGACAACAAUGUCGAUGACGGACAAUCUAUCGGGCCCCGUGAGCUUUAUCGUCAACUCAGAGCGAGAAAGCAUAUUUCGAAGACGAUGGGAGCGACGUUUGAUUGGUUUCUCAAUCAUUAUCGAUGGGUCGUGUGGAAAUUGGCUGCCACGGAACGGUCUUUUCCUCGCCUGUUGCUGGGAAAGUAUUUGACAAAAGAUCAAGUAAUCAAACAGAUCGCUUAUCGGUACCAGCACGACGUGACCGAUGCCAAACGCUCGAUUUUGAAGAAGAUUUUGAAUCGAGAUGCGAGCUCGCUAAGUUGUGUGGUUCUCUGCAUUGCUGCAGUAUUGCCAUAUCCAGCGGAUCUGCAAAACGACCCUAUUGAUCAGGAAUGUCCGGCCUGUUUUAAUCUGGCCCUCGUUCUCACCGACGGAUGGUAUUCCGUAUACGCUGUUCCUGACGCUCCUUUAGCAACAGUAUUAUGGAACUUGCAUACGAAGUCAAGCAUCAUUGGAACAAAGAUUGCGGCGUGGAACGCAUUGUUGCAGAAUUCUGUAGAGGGCAUUGAUCCGCUGGAGUGUGCUAUUGUUUGCGAAUCACAGUGGAAACAUCCUUUGGUAGCAAGAGAGGAUUUAACGCGAUGGCCGUACUUGCGACUACGCUACAAUAGUACGCGUCGUGUACGGUUUGACACGCGUCUGGGAGUGGAAAGGUUACACCACGCGGUCUCUUCAAACUCUAUGCAAUACAAGCAACAGCCACAACUUCAGUUUUCGUUGUUGAAAAGCGUCCCCCUCAAGUGCUUAGAAGUUGGUGGCGGGAUGGUUCGAUCAGUGCGAGUUCGGAUGACCCGCAUUUCGCCUGUUCUUCAUCUCCAGGCGAAGGAUUGGACGUUAGGACCACGAAUACUCUGUGACGACCAGCUACCGCUUUACUUCCAGCUUCGGUCCGAGUAUGCUCGGGCUGCUAUGCUGAAAAAGCAUAAACAAGAUGGUGUGGACAUCGUAGAAACGGAGUGGUUGGAUCGUGAUCAGGACAAUGCUCCUCCACCCAUUCCAUUUAUCAAGGUGGACGUGGAAUGCACGCACACCUGUGCCAACUAUCACCGUGGUUUGGGUUAUGGUAUCCUGACAAUCUGGCGUCCUUCGGAGGAGUUAUUGUGUGGUGGAAUCAAAGAAGGUAUUGAAUAUUUUGUCAGCAAGUUGAACGUGAGGUGGAAGCUCGAUGGUGGGCGUAGUCAUGAUUCAUAUGUGCAACUAAGCUCAACUAGACAUAGCACGUUCGAAAAAGUUUGCAACAUGGUGUCGUCCUUAGGCGACGGAAAGAAGAGCAAUGCUAAGCUGAGGUGGGGUGAACGUAUUUGUGUCGACAUCCAGCAAGCAACAGAUCGGUACCGGUCAACUUUGGAAGAUGGACUUAGUGGUUACGGAAACGACUGGAGGCCAAAAGUUGAUGUUUGCGUUUACGUGGUGCUGGUCACAGCUCCAGUAACACAGGACGAUUCAACUGCGGCAGCGAAGAGGCACAAAGAAGCUUCACUGCUCGAUCCCGCCAUUAAGCCUGUGGAAUCGCGGUAUGUCAACCACGUGUUUGUUACUGACCAGAGUUGUCGUUUGAUGAGUAUCCGGGUCACCGGUAUGAACGUCAGUGUGCCGAAGCUACGACACAAUAGUCCAUCAAAGUGUGCAUCAUCUUCAUCAUUCGUCUUUCGUCGUGGGAAUAAAGAUGUUUGGAAGGAGGGCUCAAUUAUAUGCUUGAGUGGUUUGGAGAUUUCACACUACGACGAGCACCUAGAUGUGUUGGACUGCAUCUUGGUGGAGAGCACACAAAUUGUGUCGUCUCCAUCAGAGCGUUCCCUAUUCUGGGAACGUUUUCGUCUCCUCCAGUGCGAAUCAGGUAUUCCGGCAAAGCAUCUUUCCGCAGUGCAAGCUCUACCUUCUUUUGGCAGCUUUGCUGAAAAACUUGCGCUACUCAAGAAGCACGUGGAGCGCGAAAUCUUGGGGAUGGACCUUGCCCCGUCCCAGAGUUGCGAUGAGCAUUAUGCUACAUUAGCGGAACAAAACCGACAUGGUCGAGAUCGAUGGCCCCACGAGGGAGGUGCUGACGCGACGGGAACGGCAAGAACUGACCAGGCGGUGAGCAAAUCGAGUCAACUUUCGUGGAAAGCGAGUGUUUUCAAGAUCACAUUGCUGACUGGAACUAGUAAACUUAUGUUCCCGAGCGGCGUGAUAGCAUCUGCAUGCGUGAACAUUGGGAUCGAUGACGUCGUAUACCGAACCGUGUAUCUUACUCGGAAAGUGUUGUUUUCGAUGGAGGCAUUGCUUUUACAAGCAGGGAUGCUUUGUCGAGAAGUAGAUGGCGAUAUCGAUACCAAGCAUGGAGACGCAGUCUUAGUGGAUACCGUCACUAAGGUGCUACGUCAGCCCGAUAUGAAUUACGUAUUUCGAUUUGAGGUGAGCCGAAUAAAAAAUGAGUGUCUGGCUGGUAGCUGGAAGCCGUGGGAGCAUCUCCAUGCAUUAUAUUGGCUAGCAGAGACGGUCACCGCGUGUGAGCAUCGCACCAGCGGCACUAUUUGUACUGGUAUUGCGUACUAA